UGGCAGUAUUGUACGCACAGCAUGAAAAGCCCGCACCUGAGUGUUGACUUGAAAAGAGGUAACAGCAUCUGAGGACACAUGGACCUUACUACCGCUAGGAAUUACUUGAUUUCUGUGGGGCAGAAUAGCUACACUUUCAAGGAACUCGUAAUAUGAAAAAGUCUAUGAAUGGUGGGUCUUGCUUUUUCUCUGCAUGUAGCUUUAUGCAUGUGGAUUAACAUUGAGUUUAGCAAUUAAUGAUACGACUGAUCUGAUUAGUUUUCUUCUUCAAAACGAAUUCCGAAUGGUAUUCUGAGCGAAUAACGUUUCGUUUUAGUUUAUGAUGGAGUCCGAGGAAAGUAAGAUAUCCGUGUGGGUUUGCCGAGAGGAGAAACUUGUCUCUGGACUGUCAAAGCGCACCACCUGUGCUGAUGUGAUCAAAGUGCUCCUCGAGGACCAAAACCUGAAACAAUGUGUCACUGCGGCCAUGCUCUCGGCAUCACCUCAGUCUUAUUGCAUCGUAGAGAAAUGGAGAGGAUUUGAGAGAAUUUUGCCGAAUAAAACAAAAAUUCUUCGACUUUGGGGCGCUUGGGGAGAGGAGCAAGAGAACGUACGGUUUGUGUUGAUUAAAAACGAGGCUUCUUUGGCUAACCACCGACCCCGUAGCGCGGAGGCGCGUGUGGUGCUUAGCAAGGAGAGCCCGUGCGUUUACAAGGGGACAGUAAGAGCCACCAUGGGCUUCUCACCUGAGAAACAACGUCGGAUUGUAAGGAAAGCCUUCAGAAAGUUGGAUAAAAUAAAUAAAAAGAGGGCGCAAACGGUUUCCAAUGAUACAUCCUGUGGGGAGAAAAUGGAAACGUUGGUUCACCUGGUCAUAUCUCAGGACCACACAAUCCGCCAACAGGUCCAGAGAAUUAAAGAACUGGACAGAGAGAUCGAAAGGUAUGAAGCUAAAGUUCACUUUGACAGAAUGAAAAUGCAUGGGAUCAAUUAUGUGCAAGACACAUACCUAGUGGAUGCACAUCCAGACACACUCUGCAACCCAGAGGGUGAGAAGACGUCUUCUGCUGAGUCUGUAGCUCAGUUUGAGGAGUACACCCAAAGGUGUGAGGAGGUGAUCAGGCUACAGGAUGAAUUGGCAGAGCACGAAGCGCUCAUGGAGAGCAUUACUGUGGAAAUCCAAGAGGAACUGAACCAGCGGUGGAUGAAUCGAAGGCAGGAGGAACUGACAGGUAACGAAGUGGAACCCAGCUCAGAAGAGUCCACUAUGAGGGUAUCAACAACCCAUGAAACAUACACUUUAGAACUAGAGGCUGAUACUUCAUCAGAGAGUCAUUUACAUCUGGAGGAGGAGAGGAUUAAAACGCAGCUGGAUACCAGUUUAUACAUUGGGCUGUGCUUGAACACGGAUUUAGAGGCUACUCGAAAUCACUUGAACCUAACCCAGGAUAUUUUGGGGGCAAAAGAAAAGGAGAUAAGGGAUUUGCUGGAGAAAGUGAACUCACUGGACAUAGAGGAAGACGGUACACCAAGCGAGGGCAAUGUCUGCAACUCCGUGGUUGGCGAGGCCACAAUGAUGGAGAAGAGAAGUGAGUGGGUGGAGCAAGCUAGGGGGCUUUCAAAGACAUGCAAUGGCAAUGAUGAUGACUCAGACACUGGCCUGAGUUCCAUGCAUAGUCAAGACUCAGAUAACCCUCCUGUGAGUGAAUCAUUGGUAUAAGUUGUGAAGAUGCUUCCAGCUCCACUGGAAAAUAUAGGACAUUAUUCCAGUAGACUAUGUCUAAAAAACUCAGGGUUCUGACACAGAGUAUACCAACAUGUUUUUACUUCUUAAAAAAAUAACCCAAAACACAUUGAUUAUUAGCUAUUAUGCACUUGCCAGAUGUGAUUUUGUGGACACAUGGUUACGUGUUAUAUGAAGGGUGUAUGUAAAAUAAACAUUAUUUACAAGUUA